AUGUAUGCAAACCAGAAAAAAUGUGCAUUUGGGCUGCGAAAAGUAGAGUAUCUCGGGCACAUCAUAUCUCAGCAAGGGGUGGCAACCGAUCCCCAAAAGAUUUCAUCUAUGCCAGACUGGCCGAUUCCUAGAACACUUAAGGGUCUACGUGGAUUCUUGGGUCUCACGGGAUAUUAUCGAAAGUUUGUGGCUAAUUAUGCCCGAAUAGCACAACCUCUAACUGAUCAGCUGAAGAAAGAUAGCUUCCAAUGGGGACUUGAACCCGAACAAGCCUUCUGCAAGCUACAAGAAGCUAUGACGACGGUACCCGUGCUAGCACUUCCAAAAUUUUCUCAGCCAUUUGUCAUUGAAACUGACGCUUCGGGACAAGGAUUAGGGGUUGUACUUCUUCAAAAUCAAUGCCCCAUUGCUUAUUUCAGUCAGGUUUUGAGGGUUCAAGCCUGA